AACGCCGUUCCGAACUCCAAGGUUCUUCUUCUUCUUCUUUCUUCCUCGGCAUGAUCAAUGGCGUCGAGGAGGAUAAUUAAGGAGUUGAAGGACCUGCAGAGAGACCCACCAACUUCGUGCAGUGCAGGACCUGUGGCUGAUGACAUGUUCCACUGGCAAGCCACCAUCAUGGGGCCUAACGACAGCCCAUAUGCUGGCGGCGUCUUCCUUGUCAACAUCCACUUCCCACCAGACUAUCCCUUCAAACCUCCCAAGGUAGCAUUCAGGACCAAGGUCUUCCAUCCCAACAUCAACAACAACGGCAACAUCUGCUUGGACAUACUCAAAGAUCAAUGGAGUCCAGCCUUGACCAUAUCCAAGGUGCUGCUGUCCAUAUGCUCCUUGCUCACGGAUCCAAACCCCGAUGAUCCGCUGGUGCCUGAGAUCGCUCAUCUGUGCAAGAACGAUCGUAUGAGAUAUGAGUCCACUGCUCGGAGCUGGACGCUGAAGUAUGCCAUGGGUUAAGCACAGCAAGGAGAAUUGGAUCCAGAGAUUGCUCAGCGUUAGCUGAUAGAUACAGCAGCACCUGCAAGAGAAGUACAAGGAUAAGACUGAUCUUAUUGUUAUGUCGACAGCGUCUUUGAUUGAGUUAACCGUGUUGUUUAUGGAGUCCUUUUCCUUUUUUUCCUUUGUCUUUUCUAUUUUUAUCGUCAUAUUAUAUGCAGUAGAAUGAAUUCAAGACUUAUUUCUACGUGAA